AUGGUGGAAAAGAUCUGGAGGAUCUGUUCAUCGUCUAGCCUCCACGUCGCAACAAUCUUCAGCGGCGGUUCAACGGGAAGCCUCCAAUCAGUCUCCAGCGCCGGUUCAACGGGAAGAGUCAAAUCCUCCACCUCGACAAGCGUCAAAUCCUCCACCUCGAGCCUCUGUAUCACAUCACAGCUCCAAGCUCAAAACUCACAUGCGGAAGAAGAUGACGAUGAGGAAGCUGAGUUUGGUCUGAUUAUGAAAGGGAAUCAACUCUCCCGGAAGAUUCGCUUGCUACUCUCCAUGAGUUGCUUCUCUAGCCAGGCCGUGAGAAGUAUACAACGGUCAUCUCUUCCACAUUUGAGCCUGAAACACUAUGGUAAGCUGAGUAUAUUAGGGAGAGUUGCUAAGUUGUGGGUAAUAUGUGUGUAGGACUAUAGAUGCUAAGUUGAUUAGGUUUGCUAAUUGGUAAGCUGAGUAGAUUAGGUUUAGGGUUAAUAUUGAGUAGUGUGUGUGUAUAUGCUAAGUAGAUUAGGUGUGUAUAUGGUAAGCUGAGUAGAUUAGGUUUAGGGUUAAUAUUGAGUAAUAUGUGUGUGUUUGGUAAGCUGAGUAGAUUAGGAUUAGGUGUGUAUAUGGUAAGCUUGCUAAUUGGUUUAUGUAAUUGUAGGUUUGGUCACGACGAUGGUAAGCUGACCUAGAAGAUCACAAAGGUAUUCACAAACAAGUUUAAUGGGCCAUAUUACAGUUGGAGCUGUGUACCUUCUGAAAAAAGACACAAAUACUUCCUCGAAUUCGCGGUAAAUUAACUUCUCUUAUCUGUAUCUAUUUGGUUUGGUUUGGUUGUUUGAUCACUAACAUCAAACUCUCCUCUUGUUUUGUAGAAAACACACACAUGGCAUCCAUCACUGACCAGUGUAAUUGAAGAGAAAUUCUACAAAAUAUGUGGGCUGCGUAUGAAGGACAUGGUUUCUAAGGCUUGCUCAAAACGAGCCAAUGAGAGACCGCCAUGGAUUGAGAAGACAUUGUGGAAGGAAAUGUGUGAGUAUUAGGACACAGAAGAAGCCAUUGCCAAGAUUUCAACCACAUCAGCAGCUCGAAUGUCUGACCGUAAUGGUCUUGGUCCUCAAAAGCAUUUAUCGGGGUCAAAGUCUUUCUUACAAAUCGAGCAAGAGAUGGUAAGUUAC